CGACCUCUCCUCGUCGACUACGGCACUGUACACCCAAAAUAGUUUCGCUCACCACAACACCAGCUGGCUGGGAAUACGGUCCAUAGCAUCGAAAACCGAGCCGAGCAAUAGCACAAAGGCAACUAUAAUCGAAGAUAAAGAAAUACUGCAAUAGACGAAGGGGUCCUUGCAGAAUAGGAAGAUACCAAGGACGCCGAAGGAAUGUCUUCCGAUGAACCAGUUGCCGACGUUGCCGUGGGGAGUGCGAACCGCUCGUCCAAGCGCUCGCUCGAAACCGACCUAGGGGAGACCAAGGAUUCCAAGACAGGAAAUCCGAGUUCUCAAGAUAUCCAAGCAGUCAAUAAGAAUAAUGGCGACGUCGAAGAUGCGGAGAAUCCAUCGAAGAGAGUGAAGGUAGAAGAACACCAAAUAGCGAGCGAGGGAGCGACGGCGAACGGCGACAAGACGUCGAGCCCAGCUGUUCCAAAAGAUCCUACAACUUCAUCACCAUCACUGCCGACUAGUCACAGCGACAAAAACGAAAGGGGGAACAACGGGGCUGAUUCCGGGAGCAAAAAUGAUACUGCUACUGCUGUGAAUUCCGAAUCAUCAUCACAAAGGGAAAAAACAUCGUCGUGCGGGGAUAAUGACAAUGGCACUAACACUUCUACUACUGCCGAUGCUGACGCUGACGCUGAUGCUGAUGCCGGCACUGAUACUGCCGCCCAAGACCGAAAACCACAGCCAUCGCCUGCAAUAACACGUUCACGAUCCCUUUCUACAGAAAACAACAGGGGAAAAGAAGCGGGGGAUACUCAGGAAGGAGAAGAAGAUGCCGAAGACUCCAAGCCUCCGGCGAAGCCCAACGAGCGAUGGAGAGGUAAGAACAGCCUAUGUUUUGUUUCGUUCCUUUCUUUUGGUGACACUCUCGAAAGCAAUGAAUCAGACAAAGGCUGAGAACGCAUACAUCCGAUCAAAAGACCUCACGAAUCCAAACAAUACCUGACUCACACUCCCCACUCAUAUCGCGUCUCAUGAAUGCAUGGCAACGAAUCAAAAGUGCACCAAAUGGCAGAAGAUUACACCACUUUAGUUGGACGAAUGAUGUACCCAGUCACUCAGUUUAAUAAUUAUGGCUACGAUCCCCUGAUGCGACAAUAUCCUAUGGAGAAGAUAUCUCUGCUCUCUUUUAUCCAGAGUCCUCUGCGGCGGCCCACUAUUAUUGAAAAAUGGAGUCCCUACGAAAUCGCGGUAUUUGAAGGGAGCUUGUUUCAUUACGGGAAGGAAUUCAGGGAGGUUAGCAAACAGAUUGGCACCAAAACUACCAGAGAAGUCAUCGAUUUUUAUUACAUCUGGAAGAAAACGGGCCACUACAAAAAAUGGAAGGAACAAUUCAUAUCCGAUGAGGACUUGCUAUAUGACUAUCACGUUCCGGUAAAAAAACCAAAACGAUAACACAAUUACAGGGUUGAGAUCGACGUUAAACAGUUCACCGGUUCUUCAAUAUUGUAGUCGAAUAGAAAUAAAAUAUCAUC